CAGAUAUUCAUGCAAGAUUAUCAGUGCAGCACCAUCCCCAUAAAAUGACAAAAUUCCUAUGAAUAGCCAACUACUUUUGAUUGCUGUUAGAUUUUUCUCUUUGAAACACUCCCAAUUCACUACAACUAAUCAAAUAACGAAAUUCUUUUGUUUCGGAGAGACCCUAAAACAAUCACAUAAUUGUACUGCAGUAUGGAAGCAGAUGUUUCAAUCUUCUUAUUGUUGAAACCCUUGUAAAAAUUGAACAAAUACGGCUUCUUUCUUUCAGGUUCUUGGGCUUCUUGUGUUUUUUUUAUUGGAAUCUUGUGGAAAAGUUGAAAUCUUUACGGUUGGAAGAGAUGUUGAAUUUCUUGAUAUUUUUCUGCUGCCUUUUCUGUUUGAUGGGUUUCUUCACAGCUUCUGGCAAUGUCGUAUUGAUAAGCAACAAUGUUACUUUAUCUUUUGAAGACAUUGAAGCUAAUUUUGCACCUUCAGUGAAAGGAUCUGGAAAAUGUGGGACACUAAAUGUAGCAGAACCUUUGGAUGCAUGCUCGCCACUGACUAAUAAGAUAACUUCAAAUAUGAAUGUAACCAGAUAUCCGUUUGUGUUGAUAAUCAGAGGAGGAUGCAGCUUUGAGGAUAAAGUUAGAAGAGCACAAGCUGCAGGAUUCAAAGCAGCCAUUAUCUAUGACACUGAAAAUGGUCCUUUGGUGGCGAUGGCUGGAGAUUCUGCUGGUAUAAAGAUAAAUGCAGUGUUUGUUUCUAGAGCUGCUGGUGAAACAUUGGCAAAACAUGCUGGUGCAGCUGAUAUGGAGCUGUGGAUAGUCCCAAGCUUUGAGAACUCAGCAUGGUCUAUCAUGGCUAUAUCAUUCAUUUCUUUACUUGCCAUGUCUGCUGUUUUGGCUACCUGUUUCUUUGUGCGGAGGCACCGGAUUAGAAGAGAACGGCCUCAAGCUCCACAUGUGCGAGAAUUCCAUGGGAUGAGCAGUCGUUUGGUGAAAGCUAUGCCAAGUCUAAUUUUUACAGCCGUUCUGGAGGAUAAUUGUACUUCAAGAACAUGUGCUAUAUGUCUUGAAGACUAUAAUGUUGGGGAGAAGCUCAGAAUCCUGCCAUGUUGCCACAAAUUUCAUGCUAUGUGUGUUGAUGCUUGGCUAACAUCAUGGAGAACGUUUUGUCCUGUUUGCAAACGUGAUGCCAGAACCACUACUGGUGUACCACCAGCAUCAGAAUCUACACCAUUGCUAUCGUCUGCUGCAGCUUCCUUUUCUUCAGCUUCAGUGUUAUCAUCUGUUAGAUCAUCAUCAGCCUUACAAAUUGGCCAAUCAUCUCAUCGGUCCCAUUCAGUUUCACGCCCCCAGUCCAUCUCUGGCACCCCUUAUAACCACCAUUCUCUUCAGUCUCAUCAUCGAUCACCUCAUCUAAAUCCAAGUCAAAGCUCUGUCGACCUUAGGAAUAUGUCUUCCCAAAGAUCUGAUGGUGCUUAUUUAGUUUCACCUCACUCCAUUGGUUACCCUUCUUUAUCACCUCUGAAUUCCAGAUACCUGUCUCCAUAUAUUCCUAGUCCGGGCAAUGCUUCCUCUAGUUAUGUUGGGUCUUCAAGUCGUCAGCCUAACCCACUGCAUUACAGUGGGUCACCUGCAAGCUUUUCACCAUUUGCUUCGGCUCAUUCUCUUCCAGGGUGUGAGUGAACCUAUAGCUGAUUGUCAUGAGUUAAUUUGGCCGAUACUUUGGAUUUCAAGGAAUGAUAGUGUUUGGUUCUCACUUCCUGGUUUGUAACAGGGAAAGGAUUUAUGCUCUCGUUUGAAGGAAAUUAAUCAGAUUAUAAGUCAAUGAUGUAUCAUAUGCAAGUCUUGUUGCAGACUUAGAAUAUGUACAUUCUUUCUACUUUUAGGACAAAAGUAAAACGUUCUCCUUACUGCCUCAGUGUCUUAUUGUUUACUGAACACACAUCAUCUGCCUUUUCUCUUUCACUCUUUUUUCCAGUUUCUAUAUCCGAUCUAUUUCUGUAACUGAUUCUAUACAAGAAGGAAACCAGGACUCCACAGCAUGGUAGAGACGGCAAAUGUGCAGAAGACUGAGGGUAGAGCUGAAGCAAGGUCACAGUAGCUCAAACCUGGCAUGAAGCCGAUACGAACAUACUUCAGCCAUUUUUGUAACUGGAAUGCAAUUGUUGAUGCUUUACAGAAAGCUUUCAAUGUUGACUUCGACAAAGGAGCAAGGGUCCGGAAUGUCGAAGUUAUCCAACACCUGAAA